CCCUGCGGCUCCCCCGGCUUUCGGGCGCCCGGGGGCGGCCUGUGGCGCGCCGAGUCCGCGCCGGACUGCGCCUCUUUGGACCUUGAGGGGAAACAUGCGCUUGGCUUGGGUCGUUUCAAAUUCUUAGUUUGGGAUCCCCGCCCGCCUGCCUCUUCAGCCCCGCGGGUUUUCCUUUUAUUUUUUGUCCCCCCCCCUUUUUCCUUCUGAUCCCUUUUUGACUCCCUUCCCCUUUAUGCUCGCCCAACCCUCCCCCCGCCGCUGAGAAGUGGGGGAGGGCCUCGGCCUCCAGGUUCCCGCCCCAUCGGGGCCCGGGCGAGCAUGGGGGGCAAGCAGAGCACGGCGGCCCGGUCCCGGGGCCCCUUCCCGGGGGUCUCCACUGAUGACAGCGCCGUGCCCCCGCCGGGAGGAGCGCCCCACUUUGGGCACUACCGGACGGGCGGUGGGGCCAUGGGGCUGCGCAGCCGCUCAGUCAGCUCGGUGGCGGGCAUGGGCAUGGACCCCAGCACGGCCGGAGGAGUGCCCUUUGGCCUCUACACCCCCGCCUCCCGUGGGACCGGCGACUCGGAGAGGGCGCCCGGCGGCGGAGGGUCCGCGUCCGAAUCUACCUAUGCCCAAGGCAAUGGUUACCAGGAGACGGGCGGCGGUCACCAUAGAGACGGGAUGCUGUACCUAGGCUCCCGAGCCUCGCUGGCGGAUGCUCUACCUCUGCACAUCGCACCCAGGUGGUUCAGCUCGCACAGUGGUUUCAAGUGCCCCAUUUGCUCCAAGUCUGUGGCUUCCGAUGAGAUGGAAAUGCACUUUAUAAUGUGUCUGAGCAAACCUCGCCUCUCCUACAAUGAUGACGUGCUGACUAAAGACGCGGGCGAGUGUGUGAUCUGCCUGGAGGAGCUGCUUCAGGGGGACACGAUAGCCAGGCUGCCCUGCCUGUGCAUUUAUCACAAAAGCUGCAUAGACUCGUGGUUUGAAGUGAACAGAUCUUGUCCAGAACACCCUGCGGACUGACCCUGCUGGGCUCGCUUGCUGACUCUUCUCAAAGAUUCCUGUCUGCUGCCCAGCUAGAACCCACUCAGUGACAGAAAUGAACAGAGCCAGGUUCGCAUUCUGAUGGCCUGGGAGCCCGCUCGCACGGUCCUGUGCCCAGCGCCCGUCGGUUCGGCCCCCUCCAUCACCAGCCGCUCUGCCUUGGUUUCCUUUGUCCACUUUUUUGGCUUGGUUUUGCACUUUUCUUCCCCUUGGGACCCUGAGAUCUUGACUUCAUUGCCAAAAAAAUUUUUUUAAACCCAUGGAAGACCUUUCCCCCCUCCAUUCCUGAUUCUCUUCCCUCCAUCCCACCUGGUUCUGGUCAGUUCAGAGGAUUUAACAAUCACAAGUGUCCUGCAAAAAUGCCUGAACAUUUUCCUUAGACCCUUGUGGAUUUUUUCCCAGAAAACUUAAACAAACAAAAGACCUGUUAAAGGAACAUGUACAGUUACCCGUUUUCAGGCACUCUGAGAACAUUUUAGCCAUUGAUGUUCACAUGUGACAUC